AUGGCCCUCAAGGCACUGAUUAUAGCGAUGGUGGUGGUGGUGGUGGUGGCAGAGGACCUGGCUCCUGUGUACCAUACCACACCAUCAUACCACACACCAGAGCCCUACCACCAGCCUGUGUCCUACCACCAGUCAGCACCCUACCACCAGCCAGCCUACCCAGAGGUUCCUCCCAAAUACACCUACAACUACGGUGUUUCUGAUGGCUACACCGGCGUCAACUUCGGCCACUCUGAGGUCCGCGACGGCUACAAGACUGAGGGCAGCUACUCGGUGGACCUCCCAGACGGUCGCAAACAGAACGUCAACUACGUGGACAAUGGUGAUGGUCUGGAGGCCCAGGUCACCUACAAGGGAGAGGCUAGACACCCUGAACACAGGCCCUCGCCUGCAUACCCUGACACACCCACCUAUGGCCCACCACCACCUAAAUACCCCGCCCCACCAAUCUACGGCCCACCACCAACCAAAUACCCCGCCCCACCCACCUAUGGCCCACCACCCACCAAAUACCCCGCCCCACCCACCUACGGCCCACCACCACCUAAAUACCCCGCCCCACCCACCUACGGCCCACCACCACCUAAAUACCCCGCCCCACCCACCUAUGGCCCACCACCACCUAAAUACCCCGCCCCACCCACCGACGGCCCACCACCACCUAAAUACCCCGCCCCACCCACCUACGGCCCACCACCACCUAAAUACCCCGCCCAACCCACCUACGGCCCACCACCAUCCAAAUACCCCGCCCAACCAAUCUACGGCAGAGAACCAGAAUAUCCCACAGUUCCUCCCAAGUACACCUUCAAUUAUGGCGUCUCAGACGAGUACUCAGGCACCAACUUCGGCCACUCUGAAUCCCGCGACGGCUACAAGACUGAGGGCAGCUACUCGGUGGACCUCCCAGACGGUCGCAAACAGACCGUCAACUACGUGGACAAUGGUGAUGGUCUGGAGGCCCAGGUCACCUACGAGGGAGAAGCCCAGUAUCCGGAGUAUAAGCCAGAGUAUAAACCCACCCCUGUGUACAAGCCUGCCCCUGUGUACAAGCCUGCCCCUGUGUACAAGCCUGCCCCUGUGUACCAGCCUGCCCCUGAGUACAAGCCUGCCCCUGUGUACCAGCCUGCCCCUGUGUACCAGCCUGCCCCUGAGUACAAGCCUGUCCCUGUGUAUACCCCCGCCCCGGUAUACGAACCAGCAUCCAGGUACCCUACACAUGUCACGUACGUCGCCUAAAGCCGGCUCCGACCCUCAGCCACUGACUGGCCCAUCACACCCAUAAUACAACGAAGAUAACUUUGUUAUCAUAAUUACUGUGCCAUACACAAGCCAGGCCCUGAAUGAGCAUGCAAAUAUCUGUUUGGUUUUUAUUUAUAUACGGUUUAAUCCUCUUACCAAUUAACACGAGUAUGUUUAAGCUAUUAUAGUUGCCAAUCACAGAUUCUUUGAUUAGUCAGAAGGUUUCCAUAAAUGUAUUUGGAAAUUAUGAAAUGGAUUUAUAAUUGAUCGUUAUAAAAUGUAAAAUCAUCUUACAAUAAACCUUACGCUUUUA